AUGGCCUCCACUCCCUUCUCUGUCUCCCUCGCGCACCCUGCAGCCACCGUGCCCGCACCCCGUUCGCCCCUGCUCGACCCAGCACGCGCCCCACGCUCGUCGCUACGACCAUCGCACGUGUGCGCCCCAUACACGCCCGUCCCGCUCAAGCCAUCCAGCGCCUCCCCGCACUCACCCGUGCCAGCCGCCCCUGACCCCCCCGUCCAUCGCUCUGCGGUGCCCGCAACAACUGUUGCUGCUGCCGCCUCCCCCCCCCGUAGCUGCACACCCCCGCGCCCACCCCUGCGCGUGCUGCCCCCUGCUGCUUCCCACCACGGCGCGCCCGCACCACCUCUUGUCGCCCGCGCGUGGUCGCUCUCGCUCGCCGCAGAUAUUCUGCCGCGCCACUGCCUCGCCCCCUUGCGCUUCUGGCCUGCCCGGUGCCAUGCGCUCGCUUGCUGCUGCUUCGUGUCGCGGUCGUCGCUCGCCUCGCUCGCCGAUGCCCGCGCUGCCUGCUGCUCCCGGCGAGCCUCCUCGUACCCUCCUCUGCCUGGCCGCUUCGGCUCCUCCCGACCGCGCCCCCCUCGCGCGUCGUCCCUAACCGCUUCGCCCGUGCCUCGCUCACCCCCGCGCGUGCCGCCCCGCCCUCCGCAGCUGCUCGCCGGGCGCCGCUCCGGCCUUCUGGCCGGCGCCGUGGUCGCCGGCGGCCUCGCCACGCCCGUGGCUGGCGCGCCCCCCUGCCUGUCAAUUUGGGCGCUCGCCCAGUCGGGCGCGCACGCCCGCGCCCGCUAA